AUGGCUAUAGUAACUCAGAAAAGUGUUGCAUCAUUGAUGCGAAAAACAUUAGAUCGCCAAACUGCUCAAGCUCGUAUGAAAUUGAGGUUCAAAAAGAACCAAAUUGAGCAGAUACUUUUGAGUUACAUUAGCAAUGGCAACAGUGGACCAUACAAUGAACUUGUUAAAGUUUUAGAAGAGUAUCCGUUGAAUGAUGACAAUUACAAGAUAUUGAUUGAAGAUUGUAUAUCAUGUGUAGUGCUUUUGGGAAGAGAAUUAAAACAAUUUGUAGAAGUGUUGUGCAAUGUAGAGUGGGCUAGUAGAGAUGAAAAAUUGGUUGAAAUGUAUAGUAGAUUUGUACUUAACCUUGUGACUGCUCAUACUUACCAUUGUCCAAAAGUAAUGGCAAACUUGGUUAGGCUUUUUAAAGAUGCUAGUGAAAACUGGGAAGACAGACCUCCCAAAGAGGUUAUGACAAAGUGGUCCAAUAUACACACAGUUAUUGCACAAAUUGUUGCUGUCAUGCCCAUGACAAGUGACCUUUUGAUGCAAACAAUUGUUGACCAAUUCCCUUAUUACAAAGCAGGAUGCUACACAAAUAGAGCCUAUAUUCAUAAUUUAAUAUGGAUGAGCAAAUACAUACCAUCACUAAGAGAACAGAUAAUGAUGACUAUUGUUAACAGAAUGGUAACAAUGGAUGUCAAUAUAGUAGACCAAGCUAAAAAUAAGGCACAAAUGGAAACAAUGUUCGAAAUGGAUGUGGAUGAGCAGGAUAAUUUAUCAGAGACAUUAGACUACUGUAUGUUGGAAGUGCUGAAAUGGUUGGAGAAUGAGAGGGAACCAGUACUUAAUAUCAUGUGUAAUGUGUUUGAGAGAGUUAUAUUACCCACACAUGGAAUAAGGCAUGUUCAAUUCCUUCUCUUAUAUACAAUAUCUAUAAGUCAGCAAUGCGCCGACCGUGUUUUUACCAAUCUAUGGAUGAUAGCAGCAGGCUUGCAUGGUACAGGGCCUGGGGCAUUGGCGACCAGACGUACAGCAACUAGCCAUUUGGCUGGUCUCUUAGCGCGUUGCGUGCGAGUUUCUAACAGUAGACUCGUACACUACCUGAAAAGCAUGGCAGAAUGGUGCCAUUCAUAUCUAACUGCUACCCAGGAAUCCACAGCUGUGAAUGAUAAUACAAAAGUGCACGGUGCAUUCCAUGCCAUAUGCCAUGCAAUUUUCUACCUAGUUGCAUUUAAAAAUCAUCAUCUUUUUGCUACUAAAGAAAAUUUAAACUUUGUAGAAUCCCUAAACUUGCCCCGUCUGGUAACUUGUGCACUGAAUCCUCUACGUACAUGUCCACCACAAGUAACUCGAGCCUUCUCUUCAUUGACCCGCUCCCAUCAGGUUGUAUACUGUCAGGCUAUCAUUGAAAAGAAUAUGAGGCAUACUAUACAAAGCAGCACUGUGGAGCAGUAUGAUGAAUGGUUCCCUUAUGACCCCUAUACAUUGCCCAGAUCAGGGCAAACAAUUUGGCCUUUGUGCAUAGAAUACAAAGACUGGCUAAAAGAUGGUGAUGAUGAAACUCAGUACUCUAGCAUCAAAAGAAAAUUAGAUGCCGAAGAUGAUGAUUAUCUGGUUUCAAGUCCCACACAGAAACUCGCUAGUUCGUUGUCAAGUUACAUUUUACCAGGUUUCAAAACAAGCGAAAGCAUUAUGAUGUAA